UUCAAAUGCUGAACAGAUGUCUGAACAUGUUGACGAUGUCAGCAUCUCUUGCGAUGAAGAUUCAACUGUGGAGUGUCAAGAGAUUAAUGCAACACUAAAAUGGAAUUUUGAAAUUGAGACAGAGAGAGAGCUUGUGCAUGUGGCAUUGCUAAAGCAAGAACCAGGAGCUUCAUUCACCCUUGGUGAUGCAGAUUCCGAACCUUGCAUCUACUCAUCAGGUGAACCUUUUCUCAGGGAGGAUGGGACCUAUGACAUUACCGUAUCAUUCACAUCCAUCAACCCAGGCUUGUACAGACAGUGGUUAGUGCUUGAUUUUGACAUGAGACCAGUGCUCUUGAAAAAACUCAAAGUCAGAGUAGGCCAUUCUGUAGUCACUGAACAACCAGCUGUGAGCAGUGGAGCAAGAUUUCAGAGUUGUGAACGUUGGCACAGAGGGAACAGGAUAAUCAUCCCAUGUUCGUCGAGGACAGAAGAACAGGAUGAGUUAUUAAAGAUGUACAAGCCUCCACAGAUUAGUUUCCUGUAUAAAUCCUCCCACAACAUUCAAACACCACUGAAUAAUGAAAACUACAAAGAAAGAAUGCACCAUUUCCUCUACAAUGAAGAAUGUGCAGAAGACCAGGUUGUUUCAAGACUAAAUGUUUGUGGAGAAAUUACAGCACUGGAUACAUUAUACAGUUUGCAGUUUGGUGUGGAGGCUCCUCGGGGGCAACUUUUUGGUGUUGUCUUGAUUCCUUGUCACAUUACACAAGACAGCCCUGAGGGACUGACACUAAAACGAAGCAUCCGAUCUGCCCUGAUAGCCCCUUUAACUUCUCGCCCAAACUCUAAAGUCUAUGAAGCCAGUGUGUUGCCAUACAAAACAACUGAGAAUAAACUUUUUUUGCUACUGUCAAAGCAAUGUUGCUUUGAUCUUGCACUAAAAAGAAAUGAAUCAUAUCAAAUGGAGGUGCAAUUCCAGCUGGACCGCCUCAACUACUGCACCAUGCACAGGGCUGUCGAUCUUCUUCCCGAGACAAAGACUGUGCUGCCAGUCCUUAAAAGUUGUGUAAUUCCUGUUGGUAACGUUACCUGUGAAAAUCUCAACACAAAGCAGCACUUAGCAAUUGAAUUUAUCACAGGGAAUUCUAAUGUCAAAAACCUUGUGGCACCCCUCCUGAUUUAUGGACCUUUUGGAACUGGGAAGACAUUCACCCUUGCAACAGCAGCCAGAGAGCUUUGUAAGGAUCCUCAGAACAAAGUUCUAAUUUGCACCCACACCAACAGUUCAGCAGAUCUAUAUGUCAGAGAACAUUUCCAUCCAAUCAUCAGCAAGAAAAAUGGUGGAAUCAGGCCAAUCAGAAUAAAAGCAAACAAACAAGGGACUGCUUUGCAUGCUACUGAUAGCAUUACUUUGAAAUACUGUCUCCUUUCAGAAGAAGGACAUUAUUUUCUACCACCUACAAAAGCUGCUCUAGAUCAGCACAACAUAAUCAUAACUACCACAACCAUGGCAAGACAUUUUCAUGACCUAAAUCUUCCAGAGGGAUACUUCACCCACAUUCUGAUUGAUGAAGCCUCUCAGAUGCUAGAAUGUGAAGCCCUAAUGGCUCUUGGUCUUGCUGGGUCAAACACAAGAGUUGUUCUAGCAGGAGAUCACAUGCAAAUGGGACCAAAGCUUUUCUCCGUGCCUGACCAUGAUCGUUCCAAUCACACACUCCUCACUCGCUUGUUCCACUAUUAUCAAGGCCAAAACUGUGAUGCUGCUAAGAAAAGCAGAAUCAUUUUUCAUGAAAAUUAUCGCUCAACCAGAGAAAUUGUGGAGUUUGUCGCCACCCAUUUUUACGUUGGUAAAAAUGAUUUCAUCAAAGCUGCUGGAGAUGUUCCACCUCCUACAAACUGCCAUGCCGUGGAGUUUCACCAUGUCAGGGGAGAGUGCCUCUUGGAGACAGUAUCGAUGUCUUGGUAUAACAACGCAGAGGUGACAGAAGUGGUUGAAGUAGUGAAAGAUAUUCUUAAACACUGGCCAGCAAGCUGGGGUCACAAGGACCAAAGCUCAAUCUGCAUUCUGUCAGAGGGAUUUCAGGUUUCUCGAAUUAGGACAGCGCUUUCAAGCAGAAACCUUGCAAACAUCAAAGUUGAGAGACUUGCAAAUGUUCAAGGAAAACAGUUCAGAGCAGUCAUAAUGACAACUGUGCAAACACGUGACAGCCUAAAAACAUCUCACCUGCCUGGUCUGGAGAUGUUCAAUGAUGCCCGCGUUUUAAACACUGCAAUGACAAGGGCUCAAUCCCAGGUGGUUGUAAUUGGAGAUGCUGCCGCCCUGUGUUGCUUUGGGAAAUGUUCAGGAAUCUGGAAGAGUUUCAUAAACCACUGCAUCAACAGCAACAGUGUUGCACCACAGCAUUUCACUAAAGAGUUCUUUGAACAAGAUAUUAUGGAAACUGCAAAGUUUCAGAAGUUCGAACAUGUGGAUGAGAGCCAUACUCUAGAUGAUGCGAUUCUUAAAGAGCUGAAAGAUGAUUAUGAGCAACUGAAAACAGAUGAAGACAGUUUGGAAUUUCAGAUGACCUUUUCAAAUCACGAUGGGUCAAGAGCACUAUACAAUUUCCCCGAUACUGGCACAGAUCUUUUAAAGAUGUGUAAAAAACAACCGGAGAUUUACAAACUUGGGAAGUUUUUCAGGGAAUCACACAGGAAAGGCUACGUCAAACCAUUCCAUAAUCCGACCAAACGAAUAAGCAUCGUGGGACAGGCAAAUCUUGGUAAUGCCUUUACUGGAGAUCAAGUGGUCCUCCACGAAACAAAAGUUGUACGCAUCACCAAGAAAGAAGAAUCAGCACGUGUACUUCUGUGCCUGCUUGAGGAUGAAGAUCACAGCAAAUCACGACAGAAUUCUGAAAGCAAAUUUAUCAGAAGGAUGAUGAUGCCGAUAAAAAAAUCGGAGCCCAAAAUAUGUAUACUGAUUUCCAAGAAGCAACGCAACUAUAUGCCAAUAUGGGAGGAAAUUGAUGGAGAAUGGACAGUUGUAACACAAAUGUAUAUUGAUGAAAAUCUUAAACAGAACAGUGUAUUCAAGGUGCAAGUGAUUUGCUGGAAAGAAAACUAUUUUUUUCCAUUGGGGUACAUCAUAGAUAUUCUUCCAGUUGGCAGCUCUUUGGAUUCUGGACUAACGAUCCUGGAUGAAGAAUUCAAAGUUGCGUACAAUACAUGCAAAUCAGACAAGGCUGUUUACAACACUGAUGAAAACAAUACAAACAUACUGGACUUGCGUAAGAUAAUCACUUUUACUGUGGAUCCUGCAAAAGCAAAGAUCCUGGAUGAUGCUAUCAGUGUCAGGGAACUUGAAGAUCAUUACGAAUUGGGACUCCAUAUUGCUGAUGUGGCAAGUGUUGUGAAGCCAGGUGAUGAUUUAGAUAGGGCUGCAGAAGAAAGUGGCACUACCUACUACUGUGCUGAGGAGAAACCUAUUUACAUGUUUCCCGACGAGUUGAGCAUUCAACUCAGUCUGCAAGAAGGUCGAGAUCGCAGGGUGGUCUCACUGAUGUUCAAUGCAGAAAAGGAUACAAAUAAGAUAAUAGGACAACCCGAAUUUCAACUGUCUAUAAUCAACUCUGACAAGCAGCUGUCAUAUUUAGAGGCAGAGGACAUCAUCUCCAAAAGCUAUAAAGAGACCCCCAAAUUUGAUACUGUUGAGCAUUGUGUAACGGUUGCUUAUUGUUUUGCAAAAGCUCAAAGGAAGAUAAGACUUAAAUCUGAUUGGGCUUAUUCUCAAACCGAUGCUGACAGAUUGCCCGGGCAGCGCAAAGCACAUCUGAUGAUUGAAGAGCUUGCUGUGUUAUUUAACCAUCAUGCAUCCAAGACUUUGAUCAGCUGUGACAAAACCAGGUAUUCCACACCACUUCGCUGUCAGGCAAAACCAGAUCCUGGAAAGGUAGAAGAAUUCAAAGAGGAAUGUGGAGAAUUUAUACCAUUGUCUUUUCUCGUGCGGCACAAAGUAGACCAUGAACAACAAAGCCCAAAGUGUCAAAACUUUCGCAUACUCCCUGAAGUGUGGAAAGAAAUUGUUGCAGCUACCAGAACAGAUGAUACAGACAAAAUGAUAGAUCUAGUUGCUGCUGACGAAAUCCAUCCUCUGGUACAACCAGUCACUCAAAAGUUCAGAAGGUGCUUCAGUAAAGCUUACUUCAUCUGUUCAAAAUCAUCUCCUGAGGCAGAAAUAGGGCAUUAUUCUCUGAACCUAAAGUCUUACACAAAAGCUUCCUCACCAAUACGGCAGUACAUGGAUGUCAUCUUGCAAAGACUCUUGCAUUCUUACAUAUGUGAUACAGAUGUUCAAUACACUAAAUCAAAGAUCAUGGCUUUGUGCAGUCAAUUUCAGGAGAACUUCAAGAAUGCCGAGAAGUAUGAACAGAAGGCUGAGCAAAUUUCAUAUGCAGUGAGCAUGAAAAAACAAAGUGCUUCAAAGAUAGCCUUUGUUGUUCAUGCAAAUCCUGAAGAAGACAGUUUUGCAGUAGCAUUUCCCUUUAACAAGAACAUAUUUGUUGGGAAUUUGCCAAUUAUGUACAAAGAUUUGCAACUAGACGAUCAACCAUUUUACGAUGAAGAAAAACACAGUGUCACUCUUAAAUGGAAAAGGCGGAUCUAUUCAGCUGAUGCCAUGCAAAUCCACCAAGAGCUGAAAAUGAUGGCAGAUAGUCAUCCUUGCAUUGAGGUUCCAUUGAGAGUAUGGAAAGAUACUAUUGAGGCAAUUGACAAUGGAAAAUUAGAUCAUGCAAAGCAACUCUUAAUGCAUGCUGAUGCUGAUUUGAAGGAACUGGGAAAACAAACUGUUUUGCCUCAGUCCUCUGAAGGUUACUAUAUUCAGGCUGAAAAGUGUCUCUCUGAGGAGCAAGAAAUACCAGAGAUGCAAACUGAGCAUUUUGUUGACAUCCAACUCGAGUUGCAGCCAGGUGACAUCCUACAGGUCCAAUUGACUUCAAGCAUUAAGCGAGGUUAUCAAAUGCCCACUGUUCAGUUGGUACACAUUAAACCAAAGUUUGAAAUGUGUGUUGACCAUGUCAACAGCCCUAUCACAUGCUUCUCCAGAUUGGCAGAUAUUCCUUCAAGGACUUAUUACAAUGAUACCAAGGAGUAUAUACGGAUCUGGAAACCUUUGUGUGAGAUGGAAUCUGCUGCCAAUGCAGUGAAUGAAAGUGAUAUCGUUAUCAUUGAGAACCUCCAGGUAAAGUUUAACCAAGAGUUGGAAGGCAUACUCAAAGGAAGCUUUUUCUUACCGCUACAAUGGAUCAACGAAUGGGCCAUUGAAUUUAACCUUCGAAACUGCUUUCUGUGCAUACGGAAAAGAGGUCUCAAACUGGAAACUUCAAAUGUGGAAACUUCAAACGCCCUGGUAGACCCAAAAGAGUUCACAUGGGUAGCCCAUGGUUUCACAAGUAAUGCAGAAAAAUUAAAAAAUGGUGGAAGUAAAGUGGAGUUCUACAUUAGUCACCUGCCUAUGGAGACCAUUCCUGAAUGUGUUUUUCAGAAAAACACUCAUUUCACUGUUGAAAUCAUUCCAAAACUCAUCCCUGACAUCCGGAAAGAAAAUGCUGUAGUCAACAUUACGUCGGCAUGUGACUUUGUUAAGGCUAUAGCACUAGGGCAGCGCAUUCCAAAAGAGGUUAAAUCAAGCUUAAAUAUUGUGAGGAGAAACAUAAAUGGACUGCCAGAGCUGAACCAGAGCCAGCGUCGUGCAGUAGAUAAAGCUCUAAAUAAUACAUUCACACUGAUACAAGGACCCCCUGGAACUGGAAAAACAGUAGUAGGUGUGUACAUUGUACACAGUUUUUUUGAGCACAACUCUAAAAACAAAAUGAAAUUGGAUGACCCAAAGGAUAAGGAAAAGAAAAAGGUCAUUCUCUACUGUGGGCCAUCCAACAAGUCUGUUGAUGUUGUAGCAGAGUACUUAAUGAGGUUUAAGGACAGCCUAAGGCCCCUCAGGGUUUACAGCCAAGAAGUGGAGAUGCUUGAUUUCCCUUUUCCAGACUGCAAGCUGCAGUUUUCCCAAAGAACCCUUCGCCAAGAUCGUUCCAAACCAGAGCUCAGGGAUAUCACUAUGCAUCACCGCAUGCGUCAGGACCAAAACAUUUAUUCAGUUCAAAUAAAAGACUUUGAUAAACGUAUUAAACUUGCUUUUGAAAAAAAGGGAGAACUGACUGCUGAAGAAGUGAAAGAAUACAAAAACCUUCUCAGAGACGCUCGGGCAUAUGAACUCCAACAGCACGACAUCAUACUGUGCACAUGUACGCAGUCUUCCACCCCAGUCUUGACUAAGACUGUCACUGCACGUCAAAUUCUAAUUGAUGAGUGUGCUAUGGCCACUGAACCCCAGGCCCUGAUUCCACUAGUCUGCAACAAACCAGAAAAGAUUGUUUUGAUUGGGGACCACAAACAGCUACGACCCAUUGUGAGGAACGAACGCGUGAGGAAGCUUGGAAUGGCCAAGUCUCUGUUUGAGCGCUACUAUACAAUCCAUGAGAAGAGCGCAGUUAUGCUGGACAUCCAGUACAGAAUGCAUGAGGACAUAUGUGCGUUCCCAUCAGAUGAAUUUUAUAAUAGAAAUCUGAAAACUGGAGUGACACAGCAGAGGAGUGUCUUUCAAGUUGACCACAAGACAAAACCCAUUGUUUUUGGGGAUGUCAAAGGAAAGACGAUAAGUCUAGUUGUCAACACAGCACAAGGCAACCAAAACUCUAAAGCUAAUCUUGAAGAGAGAAACAAAGUGAUUACCAUUGCUGAAAAGCUAGUGAAGACUGCCAGAAUUGCACAGCAAAGUAUUGUGAUUUUAUCACCUUAUAAUGCCCAGGUGUCAGAAAUCAGGAAUGAGCUGAAGAAAAAGAAGAUGGAACAAAUCCCAGUUACCACGAUCACAAAAAGUCAAGGAAGUGAGUGGCGUUAUGUCAUCUUAUCUACAGUGUGCUCUCUACCAAAUGAAGAAAUUGAGAAACAACCAGAAAGAAGCUGGCUUUCCAAACAUCUGGGCUUUGUUGGUGAUCCCAGUCAGAUAAAUGUAGCCAUCACCAGGGCCAAGGAGGGACUCUGCAUCAUUGGUGACCAAGAAUUGCUCAUGUGCAGUACAACUUGGAGCCAUCUCUUGAAACACUACACUCUUCACAAUGCAGUGACAAGUGCAGACAAGAUUUCAGUGUGUUCAGCCACCUGAUUGAUUCUGUGCGUUGUGAAGUUUGCAGCAGCAGACCAGAGCUCCUACGGGGAAGCUAGUACAAUUUUAUGAUUUUUUUUUUAUGUCAUUAGUUUUCUUUUUUUCAGUUCUGUUUUUAAGUUUAUAUUGGAAAUAUUUCUUUUAUUACAUUCACCUUACUCAUUUGAAAUAUGAAUAGUAAGUAGGAAAUCUUACAACACUUCGUUACAUGAAUUGCAAAUAUUGAAUUUUGUAUCACAGUGAAUAUUUCAGUUGUGUAUCGCUAGCAGGAGAGUUGGCAUGUUAUUAUAGAUCUUUUAAGUUAAUUUAGGUAUACCUGAGCUGUAUGAACUAUCAAAUUGUCAGUAGUUCCUGCUUAUUGAUGAAUUAUUUUGUUUUCUUACCUGAAACCUUGGUUUAGCACUUAAACAGCCUCACCAUUCAGUGAGCCUGUCACUGUUUUUAAGGAAAUAUUAUAAUAUUGCUUUUUUUGUCUUUUUACAUUUUUUUAUAUUGUAUCUUCAGGGAUCAGCUUUAGCUGGAGUUUUGGACCAAAAUCCUGGUUGUUUAUUGUAUUGUUGUAUGUAUUGACAUGUGUAAAUUCUAAGUUUGAAUUUAAAUGAUAUUGCUCCUUUAUACCAUGUUUCACAUUGAACUCUGUCUUCAAAUAUAUAGUGUAAUAGUAAUAAUGCUCUCAAAUUGAUCAAUAUUCACUGUGGGUUUUGUCUUUGAUUGGCUAAUGAACUGUAUUGAAUAAAUAAUUAAUAAACUGCUCAAAAAAAUGUAAACACA